AUGGGGAGCAACAAGUAUGCCCACUCCUGCUCGACGCCUCUCACCGUGGGCAACUCCAGAGUGGAGGUACAUCCAGCCCCUCUCAAGGAGGCUGGUUCCACAACCAAAGCCCUGUGUCGAGUGUCUGAACCUGAACUGAGGGUUGUCCUACUGGGAGGCAACUGGUCCCAGAGAAAUCUAGUUAGGACCCUCAUACUGGGAGGGAAAAGUUUCACCACGAAACCAAACUCCUUUAUCAAAAUCACUGGAUCAGUGAGAAACAGGAAAAUAUCUGUUAUCAACACUCCAGAUCUGCAGUUCCCCACAGCGGACAGCAUUACAGAGUUUAUUAGAGGAUGUGCUGCAGCCUCUCAUCCUGGACCUCAUGUGUUCCUGUUGGUUCUUCAGCCUGAAGACUUCACUGAGGAAGAAAAGCAGAGCAUCCACCAAGCACUUUACCAUUUCAAUGAUGAAUCAUUUAGUCAUUCACUGGUAAUGAUCCUGAAUCCCAAACAGGAAGGUUCAAUAUUAAAGGAAGAACGGAUGAAGAAUCCUCAGAUAAGGAAUCUGAUCACAGAGUGUAGAUACAGAUAUUUAUUCCAAAUGAUGGUUGAACCUCAAGAGCUGCUGAUUCAGUUUGAUCAAAUAAUGAAAGAGAACAAUGGAGAACAUGUGAGAUAUAAAGAGCCUGAGGGAACGGCGACUCCAGCUGGUGAAGAUGAAGGUUAGUAAAAAUGUUCACAUAAUAAACAAACGUUCUUUAAUCUGCUAAUUUAUGCUCAAUAUUCAGAGAUCUG